GCGAAGUCAGAAUCAUGAGACCGCUUUUACUUGGAGUGCUGAGCUGCUGUCUAGUCCUGUCUGUUCAGGGUUUGUACUCAUCCAGUGAUGAUGUUAUUGAGCUGACACCCUCCAACUUCAACCGAGAGGUUAUCCAGAGUGAUACUCUGUGGUUGGUUGAGUUUUAUGCACCCUGGUGUGGACACUGUAAAAACCUUGCUCCAGAAUGGAAGAAGGCUGCCACGGCCCUCAAGGGUAUCGUCAAGGUUGGUGCCGUGGAUGCAGACCAGCACAAUUCGCUGGGGGGCCAGUAUGGCGUCCGAGGGUUUCCCACCAUCAAGAUCUUUGGAGCUAACAAGAACAGUCCGGAGGAGUACCAAGGGGGGCGCAGCAGUCAGGCCAUCGUGGAUGGAGCAAUGAAUGCUUUGCGCACUCUGGUGAAAGAGAGGCUGAGCGGCAAGUCUGGAGGCUCCAGCUACAGCAAGCAGAGCGGCGGUGGCAGCAGUGGCGGGAGCAAAAAGGAUGUGGUUGAGCUCACAGACGACAACUUCGACAAGAUGGUGCUGGACAGUGACGAUGUGUGGCUGGUGGAGUUCUUCGCUCCCUGGUGUGGACACUGCAAAAACUUGGAGCCUGAGUGGGCAGCUGCAGCCUCAGCUAUCAAAGAGCACACCAAGGGCAAAGUUCGUCUCGGGGCUGUGGACGCCACCGUGCACCAAGUUGUGUCCGGCCGUUAUGGGAUUCGUGGAUUUCCCACCAUCAAGAUUUUCCGUAAAGGGGAGGAGCCUGAGGACUACCAAGGAGGUCGCUCCCGUGGAGACAUCAUUGAGAGGGCUUUGGAUCUGUUCUCUGACAACGCUCCUGCUCCUGAGCUGCUGGAGAUCCUCGGUGAAGACGUCUUGAAAAAGACGUGUGAAGACAGUCAGCUUUGUAUCAUCGCUGUGCUGCCACAUAUCUUGGAUACUGGUGCAGCUGGUCGAAACAGUUAUUUGGAAGUGAUGAUGAAGAUGUCUGAGAAGUACAAGAAGAAGAUGUGGGGCUGGCUGUGGUCUGAGGCAGGCACCCAGAUGGAGCUGGAGGCCUCUCUGGGUAUCGGUGGGUUCGGCUACCCCGCCAUGGCUGCCAUCAACACACGCAAGAUGAAGUUUGCUCUCAUGAGGGGCUCCUUCAGUGAGACUGGCAUUCAUGAGUUCCUCAGGGAGCUUUCUGUGGGUCGCGGCUCAACUGCCACUCUGGGAGGCGGAGUCAUGCCCAAGAUCAAUAGUGUCGAACCCUGGGAUGGCCAAGAUGGACAGCUCCCUGAGGAGGAGGACUACGAUCUCAGUGAUGUAGACCUGGAUGACGACUUUGAUAAGGACGAGUUAUGA